UCGUAAUCACGUGUCCAAUGUCCAGACCCGGAAGUCGGUCGAGCACGCUGUUGCUGUGAUCACAACCCAACGCAACACUAAAUAUUCACACCGAGUUGACUUUACUGAUCUUUGGCAUUAGUUUGACGUUAGUGACGUCAUGGCGGUGGUUGUCGACUCUGUACCUGGACAGUUUGAUGACGUGGAGAACGAGUGCGGCCAAUCCCAAGCGUUGGACGUCCCACGUGAUAUCAAGCGAGCUGGCCUGCAGCAGUACAGCGAUGAUGAUUAUGAUGACGACGUUGAUGAAGAUGCUGAUGACGAGUGGGCGUGGUCGGCCGCAGGAGGGGAUCUAACCAAACGAUUUAACCGCAGUGCCGUUGCUCAGGCUAACAAACAGAAUUUGCCCAAUCACACGCUUCUUACCACGGACAGGUCGCUGAGGAGGUUUGAGCACAAGAUAAACCUGGAUAAGCUCAACCUGUCUGACUCUGUAAUGAACAAAGUGACGACAAAGCAGAAGCAGAAGGACGCCGACACGUACCGCCUGAAGGAUAAAUCGGACCGGGCCACAGUAGAACAGGUUUUAGAUCCUCGGACGCGAAUGAUUCUCUUCAAGAUGUUGACUCGUGGGAUCAUCUCGGAAAUCAAUGGCUGCAUCAGCACGGGGAAAGAGGCCAACGUCUACCACGCCGUCACUUCCGGCGGAGAAGGCCGAGCCAUCAAAAUCUACAAGACAUCCAUCCUGCACUUCAGGGACCGAGACAAAUACGUCAGCGGCGAGUUCAGGUUCCGUCACGGUUACUGCAAAGGCAACCCCAGGAAGAUGGUGCGAACUUGGGCCGAGAAGGAGAUGAGGAACCUGAUCAGGUUGCAGACGGCCGGCAUUCCCAGUCCGGAACCACUGCUGCUGCGGAGCCACGUGCUACUCAUGACCUUCAUCGGCAAAGACGACACGCCCGCCCCGCUGCUGAAGAACGCUGUCCUGUCUGAGUCCAAGGCCCGCGAGCUCUACCUGCAGGUGGUCCACGACAUGAGGAACAUGUUCCAGCGGGCCAGGCUGGUUCACGCCGACCUCAGCGAGUUCAACAUGCUAUAUCACCGUGGCGGCGCUUACAUCAUCGACGUGUCGCAGUCGGUAGAACAUGACCACCCGCGUGCGCUGGACUUCCUCCGCAAAGACUGCGGUAACGUCAACGAGUUUUUCGGCAAGCGCGGCGUGGCGGUGAUGACCACGCGAGAGCUUUUUGACUUCAUCACUGACCUGUCCAUAACCUGCGACAACGUGGACCAAUACCUGGAGAAGAUGAUGGUUGUCGCGACCCAGCGGACGGCGGAACAGCGAUCGGAUGCCGACCAAGUGGACGAGGAGGUGUUCAAGAAGGCCUACAUCCCACGAACGCUCACGGAGGUCAGCCACUACGAGCGAGACUUCGACAUGCUCAGGACGGGGGAGGAGGAGACCACCGCGGGCCAGCACAACGACAACGUUCUCUAUCAGACGCUGACGGGACUGAAGAAGGAUCUGUCUGGCGUUCAGAUGGUUCCGGCUCUGUUGGAGGAUGACUGCUUGUCCUCGUCGGAGGGGGAGCAAGAGGAGGUUGACCAAGAUGAGGCGGGCAAGGCCACUCGGACAUCACCCAGCGACAAUGCUGAACCCCUGGACAAAAAGGAGAAGAAGAGGUUGGUGAAAGAAGCUCAGAGAGAAAAGAGGAAGUCUAAAGUUCCAAAACACCUCAAGAAGAGGAAGGAGAAAACCGCUAAGACUAAGAAGUGAAGAUGAGUGUCGGAGCUGGCCCUCGGCGCCCUCAUUCGUUCGGUCCUUCAUUAAACAAAUCUCGAUGAACUCA